CUUCCGGCAGUAGUGAGGCAUAUGACAUUUUCAUUUGCAUUUUUAAAACUUAAUGAAAUAUUUAAUAUACAAUACUGCAGUCUGGAUUGCAAUCAGAUUUCUUUAUCUAUACAAUUCACACCGAAUAAUCUAGACUACAUUUAUUAUGCAGAUAACUACUCUUUCUGUGCAACAAUGAUCUAGUGGGGCUGUGUUAUUCAUUAGAAAACCUGUGCUUUAACAAACAAAGGAGGGUAUGUUUUAAAAGAAUUAAUUGAAGCACCAAGAUGUCAUCAGGAAGCAGCCUGGUUGUACCCAUGGUACUGUGGGGCCCACAUGCACCAACGCAUUGUAUAUCUGCAAUUUUAAUGACACCUGGUGGGAAAUACAUUGUUACUGGCUGUAAUGAUGGACAGAUCUGUGUCUGGGAUGUUAUGGAACAUUUUCAGGUUGCACCUAGAAACAUGUUAUUUGGUCACACUGCAGCCAUCAGCUGUUUAGCUAUGGGAAGUGAGCACAAGGACAGGUGUUAUAUUGUUAGCUCAUCAGAAAACGGGGAGAUGUGUUUGUGGGAUGUUUCUGAUGGACGCUGUAUAGAGAAUACAAAGAUUGAUAAAGUUCACUCUGAAAUUAAGUCUUACCACCUGCGAUCUGCUAAAGCUCUGCGGCUUGUCUGUAACGGUUAUUAUGAUGAAAUUGUGAUUAUUGACCCACUUAACCUGGAAAUAGUCACACGUUUAGUAGCCAGGGCUGACUCUGAUUGGAUGAGUGCUUGUUGUGUUUUUAACCCCCCUAACAGGGAUGAUGAUGUUAUACUGGCUAUCACCAAUUCUGGCACUGUUAAAGUUUGGACCAUUGUCUCCACAACACAGGAACACAAGGGCAACAAAAUCCCUGAAGAUGAGUCCAAACAGAUCCGAUGUUUAAAUGCUCAGACACUGACUUGUUGUCCUGGUAACCUGCGCACAGUUUUGAUUGUGUGUAGCAAGUAUUGGCAGAUUUAUGAUGCCAGUGAUUUCACAUUACUGUGUUCUGAAUCCAACCGCCGCGGAGAGCGCUGGACAGGUGGUGAUUUCCUCAGUGUUGAUCGGGUGAUAGUAUGGAGUAACGAAGGCCGCGGGUACCUCUACAAACUGCCCACCAACUUGCUUAAAGGAAAAGCGGUUGCCAGCUCAAACCCAGAGCAUAAAGAUUACCAUAAACCCUACAACCAGACUUCUGUGCAUGCUUACUAUGUACUGGAUAUUUUCACACAAACUAAGACACUGGAGUGUUCCCCUGCGCUGGCCUAUGUGAACUAUGGCAGUGGGGAGACUGCUGCUCACCUGCUUCUCCGUGGGGACUCUGAAGGCAGGGUCACCAUCUGGUCCCUACCCCAAGUCUCUGAGAGACAGAUGACGCUGGUCCGGCAAGAAAGCUUUGACCGCCUGCCAUCUCUGAGCCCUAAAUCCACUACAACUCUUCAAGAGUCUUGGAGUGCUGGAUCUUUCCCACCUCCUGGAAUUCUGGACCACUUGUGUGACUCACCUGAAGACAAGGAGGAGGUGUUCAUCACUGCCACCAUCUUCAUCCCCUCACAAGGCAAGAUCGUGUGUGGCCGCAACAAUGGGACCAUUGUCAUUGUGCCUGCUAUAGACUGCAUUAAACGCCAGCUCUUGUCCUUCAACAAACCUAUUGAUGUGACACCCAGGAUCCUUGCAGGCCAUCACGGCCGUGUCACCUGUCUGCUCUACCCCUUCAAUGAGUCAGCCCGCUAUGAGCCUAAUCACCUGUUGUCAGGUGGAGCUGAUUUCUCUGUCAUCCUGUGGGAUGUGAACGCUGGCAUCAAGAUUCACACCUUCACAGUGCAUGGAGGCAGCUUGACUCAGAUGACUGUGCCACCUGCCAAUUGUAAUCCCAGAAUUUUGUCCUGCAUUUGUUCAGUUGCUGGAGACCACUCUGUCGCUCUUCUGAGUUUAAAGGAAAGGAAAUGUCUUCUGCUGGCUUCCCGCCAUCUUUACCCUGUGAAGCUGAUCAAAUGGCGACCACUUGAUGAUUUCAUGCUUGUACAAACCAAGGAUGGCGUGGUCACUGUCUGGCAGAUGGAAACAGGUCAUCUGGACCGAGUGAUAGAUGGUAAAACAGCUGAGGAUGUGCUGAGUAACUGUGAUGAGAACGCCACCCCAGUGGAGGCCUUGACCAACCCCAGCAUCACACUAGCCCAGGCACUCAAGCGCAGAAACCUGGCCACAUUUAGAAACUUCACUCAACAGAAGCUGAAUAUUGCUGCCCAGCCCAACCACAUCAACCAAGGGAACAAAUCUGAGUUCAUGAAACCAACGGGAUUCCCUCUCCUCAUCCAGGGGGUGAAGACCAACACUAGGGAUCCUGAUGCACAUGUGCUGUUUUUUGACACAGAGGCUCUUAUUGUUCAUUUGUUGACUGAAGAAUAUGCAUUGCUGUCUCCUGCUGAGCUUGAAGCAAGGGGAAUGAACAUCACAUCAGGGGAGAAAACCCAUCCAGUCCCAGAGGUUGUUGACACCCAACAGAAGCUUGCAGACACUUCAGGUGCAUUUUCUGGCUUUGAAAUAUUGCGUGAAGAUUUCAAUGAAGAAGAUGAUUAUGAGGAUUUAAGAGAAGAAGAGCGAGAUGUUGACUCGGCUUUCUUCUCCAUCCCUGUCCAAACCACUGGGGCCCAGAAAGGGCAGCAUGCUAAACUGACCAGAUUUAACUCAGUCCCUGCCCAAUCUCCAGCCUCCCCAACAUCCCCCACCUCCCCUCAAGUAUUUCCUGUGACCAGUCAACAACCAGAAGCUCCGAUGCGAAAGAAAUCCAAAUUCCCCAACCUGCGGUUCUCAAAAUCUAAAUCUGUUAGCACUAGCUCGUACCCUGAGCCAGAAGAUACAAAAAAGAGCCUUAAAAGUAAGAUUUUGAAGAGUCGGCCCAGUAGCAUGUCCAUAGACUCCAACAAAAGCAUGUCCUUGCCCCGUCAAGCCAGCACCUCAUCCGAGCCGGAGUCGGCUCCGCCCGUGUCGGAGGCAGACAGUAAGCGUGUGCCCGCCCGUGUAGCCACACUCCCCUCCUCCUAUAAGCUGCCCCCUGCUGGCAAUCUAGCAAGACAACAGAUUGGUGAGAGCUUACCCUGCCUUUCAAAUCAGAUUUGUUUCUUCAUAUUACUCCAGAUCAUAUUUUUAAUUCAGCCACUUUUGUUUACUAAUGCACAGAGUUUUUACAGCAUGGUGAUUGAAGUGCCAGUUCCAAAAGAAUAUUUAAAGAUUAAAAUACCUUUGAAACUGAAUAUUUCAUUAUUGGUAACAACAGGAAAACAGAAAAUAAGAAAACAGAUGCAUCAUCUAUUUGGUCUGUUAGCCAAAGCUAAGGAGAAAGCUGAGACAGUGACCCAAAAAAUUCAGACCAAGCUGGACGCUGUCAGCAACCCUAGCACCCAGCCCAGCGCCCCCAUCCAGACCCAACCCACUAGUGUCAAGAAAAGGCCAGAGACCAUCAGUGUGCAGGAGUCUUUGAGUAUGGCCAUCGGAGAGCUGUUCAUGUCCUGUCUCCAUGCCUGGAACCUUGACCCCCAACUGGAUGACCUGUGUCUGAACAAGCUGGGGCUCCACAAGCCCAAGGGCCCAAUCAGCUUUGGCCUGCUGUCACAUGGGGGUCACAUGUCACUCAUGCUGCCUGGCUGGCACCGGCAUCAGGCUCAGCUGAAAUCAGUACCUGGUGGAGCUGGGGAAACUCCUGCAAGUCUCCUGAGGAUGAGCUCAGUAGACAAAAGUAACGAGGUAGACAUGAGGUCACCUCACAAGGAUUCCAAGGCUUAUCAACAGCAAGUGUAUGACUUCUCUACCAAGUCGAGAUGGCAGAUAUCCAGUGCAGUGACUACUCAGCAUUUGCUAAGUGUUAUUUCUGUGGCCAACACACUCAUGGGAAUGAGUAGGGCAGUCUUCAUGCCAGAGCUAAUGCAGGCCUUAAGGCCUAAAAGAGAAUCAGUGAGUUCCCACUUUGGCAUGGUGAUGCGCGACACAGAGAGCCCAGACAGUGCAGGAAGCUCUGAGGAUGCGGCCGACGCCCUGGCUACCCUCCAGGCACAGGUGAAGCAGGGCUGGAGUCUACUGGCCGCUCUACACUGUGUCCUCUUACCUGAGCUGGUGGGGGUGGAGUACUACCAGUGUCCUCAGCUGGAGAUGUUGGCUAGACGUUGGCAGGACAGGUGUUUAGAGAUCAGGGAGGCAGCCCAGGCUCUGCUGCUGGCUGAACUGAGGAGGAUAAACCCAGAGGGACGCAAGAAGCUGUUGGACAAGUGGGCUCCAUUCCUGCCUCACUAUGUGGACCCAGAGCUCUCCCUGCUGAGUAACCACAAAGAUGGAGAAGAGGAUGAGGAGGAAGAUGAAGAGGGCAUUUUAGCUGGUGACAUCCCACCGCACAAACUGUCAGUUUCAUUUGAAAGCAGGCGUAAGCAGGCCACCGCCAUCGUAAUGCUGGGGGUGAUAGGUGCUGAGUUUGGUCAUGAGAUGGAGCCCAGCAGAACCAAGCCAGAGGAGGUGAAGAAGAGUAAGACUAAAGGAGCUGUGGAUGGCUUUAGUCUGACCAAUUAUUCCCUGGCUCGACAUACUAGCAAAGCCCUAACAUUCCUGCUGCUGCAGCCACCAAGCCCCAAGCUACCCCCCCACACCCCCAUCCGCAGGGCAGCCAUUGACCUGAUAGGGCGGGGCUUCACUGUCUGGGAGGCUUACCUGGAUGCCUCGUCCGUCCUGCUGGGACUCCUGGAGCUGAGCAUAGACUCCAACAGACUCAUUCCCAGCACCACGUACGGCCUGCCACUGUCUCCGGCAGCUGAUGCAUGCAGGUCUGCUCGUCACGCUCUGUCGCUCAUUGCUACAGCGCGACCUCCGGCCUUUAUUAUCACCAUGGCCAAAGAGGUGGCCCGCUACAACGCCCUGGCCCAGAAUGCCCAGCACCAGAACACCCACAUACAGAACGUCAUUUUGGCCAGGGCCUCUGCUGAAAUUUUGCACAUCAUUGAGCUGCUGGUGGAGAAGAUACCCAAUGAUGUGGCUGAUCUCAUUGUUGAGGCUAUGGAUGUGACAAUGUUUUGCCUUGACCUUGCUGCGUUGAAGGCUAAAGGUUUGACAGAUCUUUUUCCAGCUAUUUGCAGGUUUAGCAUGGUGGCCUAUUGCCAGUCAACCAAGAGGGUUUGGGUUGGAGCCAAAAAUGGUACAAUAGCUUUGUAUGAGAUGAAACAGCAUUCAAAAUGCCAGACAAUCAAUGGCCACCAGGGAAUCAUCACCGCAGUAGCUGUCAAUGCUGAUGGGAAAUACCUGGCCACUUUUUCACAUGUUGACUGCAAGCUCAAAUUUUGGCAGACUCCAUCCAAUUCGUUGUUUGGGAUAGGAUCCCAGCAAACAAAGCUGCUAAAGACCUACAACACACCACCUGUAUCCACCACAGCGGCCGUCAACAUCUUAAAACUGGUGCGGCUUGUCUGGGUGGACAAGAACGUUGUGGUGUUGCUGACAGUGGACGGUCAAGAAUUGAAGUACAACAUCUGAUCUAAGAUUGGACGGUCAAGAAUUGAAGUACAACAUCUGAUCAAAGAUUGGACGGUCAAGAAUUGAAGUACAACAUCUGAUCUAAGAUUGGACGGUCAAGAAUUGAAGUACAACAUCUGAUCAAAGAUUGGACGGUCAAGAAUUGAAGUACAACAUCUGAUCAAAGAUUGGACGGUCAAGAGUUGAAGUACAACAUCUGAUCUAAGAUUGGAUGGUCAAGAAUUGAAGUACAACAUCUGAUCAAAGAUUGGAUGGUCAAGAAUUGAAGUACAACAUCUGAUCAAAGAUUGGACGGUCAAGAAUUGAAGUACAACAUUUGAUCAAAGAUUGACUUUAUUCAAUGGAUUUCUUUGUUGACAUUCCUUUUUUAAAUCUCUUUUACUGGAUAUAUUUAGGCUAUACUGAAUUAUUAUGGAUGAUGAUGAGAUUUAAAAAGUCAGGGUUCAAAAUGGUUUGCAUAAAUGUGAUUAGAAUGAUUGUGAUAUAGAUUGUAAAUACGUGGGACAUUGAGCCAUAAAGGUAUUUAUUUUAUAAUACACCAUGGUUUCAGAGUAAACUAUAAAGGGAGACAACUUUUGUUUUGCUCAAUAGAGUUACUACAUGUUUUUCAGUCAUGUUUAGAAUUUUUUUACAUCAUUUCCCUUUUCAUAGCAUCUCUUUUCAUGAUGUCUAUAAGUGAUGGUUAGCUGUUGGUUGUAAUGUCGGUUAGAUAAGUAGCUUCACCAUUAUAUGUGAAUUAUUGGAUAAGUGUAUUAAGUGUUCAUGAAUUGAAUCUUAUAAAAAGUUCUAAAUAAAAUGUUUAAAACAUUAUAGGUAAUAACUCAGCUGUGCAAUAUAUUUUAUCUCUUACAUAUUCUGUAUUUUAUUAAAAGUACUAGUAAUUGUAAAAUGUUUAAUUCUUUACAUUGUACAUGGUCAGAAAUGUUAUAUUUUAUGCCAAGUGUGUAGUCUGUAUAAUCAUAUAAUAUCUCAAGGGGUUCUAUUUCCAUAUGUAAAGUUUCCAAAUGUACAAGUUAUUCCCUAUAAUCUAGUAGCAAGUCUAUAACUGUGUACUACUCAAGAUUUAAAAAUGAAUCCCUUUAGGAAUUAAAAUAAUAUCAUAGUUAGCUCAAGCACUGUCAUUGUUAUUUAUCCUAGAUAUUUAUUUUUAGUUAUGCCCUAUUAUUUGAUGUUUAAUACAUCAUCAGAUUGUUAAGUUUAAUAUAUUUUUAGUGAAGUCCUAUUAUGGACUUUUAGUAAAUCAUCAGAUUGUUUAGAUAUAUGUAUUGUUAUGAUCAUUUUUCCCUGACACUGUUCUAGAUUGAUUGAAAUUUGUGAAUGUGAACAUCUAUUUAUUUAAAUUCAGUAUUAAAACACUUUCUUAUAUUUAUGAGAAACUCAAUUGUGUAAACCUGAAAUAAUGUGAUUUUGACAAUCAAAAGAAUUGUAUAUUUAAAAAGCAAAUUUUAACAAUUUCUACAAAAUUGUUAGAUUUCUGAAAUCUAGAAACUGUAACUUUAUUUAAAUAUUAGUGGAGGUUUAUUUGAUUUUUUGUUUAAAAGAAACUUUUACAAUAUAUUUUUAUAACCGUGACUGUGUGUGUGAAGUGUCAGGGAUACAAAUGUGUUACUCACAAUGUGAUAUGGUGUCUUUCAUGCUAAUCAUCUUGUACAUUCAUGUCUUAAGGAUUUUCUUUUUGUGGAAAAACUACCAACGUUUUUUUAAAACCUUUUUUAUAUCAGAUAGUAUACAUUUAACAUAAUUUUUAGAAAACAAAAGUUUGUAACAUCAUUUAAUUUAAUGCUUGAAUUAAAUGUACAUUGUUUAAAAACAAAAUAAAAUUACAU